AUGGUAGCCAUCUCCAAUAAUGAGAUUAGUUUAUUGGUGAAGAGGAGAGACAUGGGCUUUGUGUAUUGGACUUCAGGAAAGGCUUUCAUUCGUGUCUCUUCUUUGUUUCCUGGGGCCUUUAGCUGUUGCAUGAAAAUUUCGAAUGAAAUUUCCAAAGGAAUUCUCAGAAGAGUGGAGAGAUUUGAAAUCCAGAAAGCUGGUGGCCUGUGUCACCUAGAGGCUGUUAUUCUCCACAUGAAAGGCAGAAAGUUGUGUGUGAAUCCAUGGAAUAGAAAAGUCGAAAAAAUGAUGAGGAAGAUGAAGCACAAGAUUCACAGGAGCAAAUCUCAUGUUAAAAAGCAGAGAACCAAAAGAACCAAAGAGAAAGAACAGAAGCAGUAACAAAAUGAAGCAAGAUGAAGGAAAAUGAAGCAAAAUGACCCAUGAUGAAGAUUCUGUGGCAUAUGGCACUGCGGGCAAGGAUACCAGAUUUCACCAGUGAUGGAUGAUUGUAGCAUUAAAAUGACUUUUCAAAUCUCUGUGUGUUAGAGAAAGCAGAGGCAGAAAACAUCACCUGUACUCAGAAUGAUGCUGAUCAGACUAUCAGACAAAUGAUAAAAUGUUCCUGUAAUGUCUUGUAGCAAGUGCUUGCUGUACCUCCUGGAUCUUUUGGCAGACUUAAAUCUUCCUCUCUCUCACCCUGCUUUUAUGGCAGCCUCCCCUGUGACUUCUGUUUUAACAAGCUGCUCCUUCUCAGUCCUCCAUUUUUUCUCAGUCCUAUACUUGGUCCCUAUUCAUUCCUGUCUGCUAAUCAUCUUUCUGCUGUUGCCUGUUUUGUUUAUAUUCUUCCAGUCAUUAAUCUUCCUUUUUUGAUUCAUUUUACAUCGGUUUACAAACAAUUUUCAGAUACUUCCAGCUUGUUUGCCAAAACCAUGUCUUUUACCUUUUCUAAACAAUCUCUGCUCCCAGCUGUCACUAUCAUGACAUAGAAUUUCAGUGAUAAUAUCUGAUCCUCUUCACAGGACUCAAAGUGUGACACAGAGCUCUGCAAUAAAGAUCAUCUCUAUUGCUUUU